AUGAAUAAAAUUGAACAGGCAUCAAACUUGAAAGUCAAGAUCACUACUUUGUUGGACCAGACCACUACAGGCACCAUCUAUGCUACUGCCAGCAAUCAACAGGUGAUCGCCCUCAAAGUCAAGUCAACGAAAAGUGGCGAACAAAGCUUCAAAUUCAUAAAUACUGCAUUCAUAAAGUCUAUUCAGGUGCUACCGCCCUUUCCUUCCAAAAAGAACGGAUUCAAUGCACUGAAAGGUCAGCCUAUUCUCUAUCAUCUCCCUAUUGAAAAAUUAGACCAAUCGCUACAAAGAGCAUUAGAAGAAUCACCAAAUCCGCCACCACAUGACGUACCACGCCAGGAACGUAAACCAGUUGCAUCGAAGGUUUUUCGCCACUUGGCAGAUGCGUUUGGCAAAAGUAACGUGAAAUGGGAUAACGACAAGAUCAUCGUCAAUGACAAAAUCGGUGUAUCUCGCCCGUUCACUCUUGGCAAGAAUAAUGUUGUCUCUCUUGUUUCCAACGCUAAGGACGACCUUGAUAAAGUUCAGGCGGCUAUAAGGGAAUUCUGGCUUACACUCGACAAUGAGAAGAAAGGCGGCUAA